UAGAUGUGUUGGGGAAGCUGGGCUGUGGGAGGCAGGGCCACAGGAGAGGGAGGCUCUGGUGUCCCCUGAAAGUCCAGGAAGUCCCAUGGAAGACUCUGUGUCAGAGGCAGGGCUGGUGAUGCCAGAGAGGGCCCUGGGGGGUCUGAGCAUGGUCCUGGGCUCCCACAUCUGCCUAGGACUCUGUCCCCUGGGCUGGGGUCAGUGGGGAUGUGCCAGGCUUUCUAAGGGGGGAGAAGCCCAGAUGUGCCCUUCCCCUGCUGCUGCCAGCCCCUCACAACCCUGCCACUGGGGGACCCCAUCCUCUGUCUUCUACUGCCUCCAGGCCCUGGGGGACUUCUGCCUCCGCCACCCCAGGUACAUGCCCUGGUGUGCAGGGAUCCAGCUCCUGACAUAGCAGUCCUGGGCCCAGGAGGUGCUAAGCUCUGGACGACCAGUGGUCAGCCCUGGGCUGCCCCCUCUGUGUGGGCAAGUUGACCCCAGGUCUCUGCCUGCUUUGGCAAUUUCAGUUCCUGGGACUGCUCAGUGGGGAGGCUCAACAGGAAGCAGAGGGUGGGAGCCAGGCCCUCCUGUCCAGGCAGGCAGGGCAUGGGUGUAGGGGUGGUGCUGAGUGUUCGGGAGAGCUUCCAGGAGCACUUCCGCCUGCCCAGGUAUUCCGCCCAACUGGCUUAUCCGGCUCCCCUGGGACUCCGGGGUAGGGCAGCGCCUGCUGUGGUGGUGGGUAGGGGGGAGGGUAGGAUUUUGGGCAGAGGCCCCAUCAGGCCAGCACCAUGGGCAGCACGGUGCAUGGAGAGUGUGGCAGACACACACAUACUGGGCAGAACACAUGGCCCCACGUGAACCGCCAGCUCCCAGGUGCACCUUCCUCGGUGCCAGCACCCAGGAACCCUGAGGCCCAGCCAGGAUGGGGGGAUGCAAGCACAGAGCCAUCUAGGAGCAGCCAGGAUGGGGGGAUGUGACCACAGGGCCGUCUAGGACCAGCCAGGAUGGGGGGAUGCCGCCACAGGGCCGUCUAGGACCUGUGAGGUCCCGGCCCUGACAAUGGUGCCAUCCAGGAGCUACAGCCACGGCUCCAUCUUUCCUCACUUGUCCCACCCCAGGGCUGCCUAAGCAAGCGCAGAGGUGGUGACAGUUCCCCUAAACAUCCCCAGGAUGCUGGCUGGGCCUGGCCUGGCCUAGCCUGCUGGCUACUUUAGGGCUGAGCUGGGCAAGACCGGCAAAGGGCUAGGCCCAGGCUUACAGCCCCUGCUGGGGCCUCCUGGGGCUGCCCAUACCUGCCAGGUUCUGCCACCAGGAGGGGCUGGGGUCAGAGCCAAGGGCCCUUCUAGCCCUGGAAGAGCCACCCCACUCGGGACCUCACCUCUCCCCCAGAUCCAACAAGUUUGUCCCCAGCGUCCUGGGCAAGAGGGCCCUUCUCAAGCCACUUCCUGCAGUGAGCACCACACCUGGGGGCAUCUCUGCAUGGCACCCCAGCCUCCCAUGCACACAGUGCUCAUGCACGCAGGCGCCACCACGCCUGUCCUCUGGUCCCGCCCGGGGCCUGCUUCUAGGUCAGGCCUGGGCAGGACUUCCCAGGUGAGCACUGGCAGGUGCUGCCAGCCAGGCCCUGCUGCGCAACUCAGUGUGGUGGGCAACCAUGCCUGGGGGCGUGUGGGGCCGGGCCCGGGGAGGUCCCGUGGGGGCACUGACCCUGACAGCUCUGGCGGAAGGCAUCCGGGCUAGCCAGGGGCAGCACCUGGCAGCUCCUUCCCGGGGCCUCCAGACAGAGCCUCAGGAGCUUGAACCUGAGGCCCAGGUUCCUGCCCUGUCCUGUGAGGCUGAGCCUCGGAGUGCAACCACUGUCCCCAUAGCUGGCAAUGAGCCCUGCUUCCCACCCAAUGCCCAGGAGCCUCCCCCUGAAGGGACCCACCAGGCUCCCCAGAGUCCCUGGGAGGAGGGGGCCCUAGCAGACUUGGCAUUGCACACCGCUGCCUGCCUGGAGGAGGCUGGCCUUUCUGGGACCCAGGCGACAGCGCUCACCCUGUCCGCAGCCCUGGAGGCCCGGGGGGAGCGGCUGGAGGACCAGGUGCAUGCUUUGCUACGCGGGCUGUUGGCUCAGGUGCCUAGUCUAGCGGAGGGGCGGCCCCGGCGGGCAGCCCUGCGGGUGCUGAGCGCCCUGGCCCUGGAACACGCGCGGGAUGUCGUGUGCGCGCUGCUGCCGCGCUCGCUGCCCCCAGACCGGGCGGCGGCCGAGCUGUGGCGCAGCCUGAGCCGGAACCAGCGCGUGAAUGGGCAGGUGCUCGUGCAGCUGCUGUGGGCGCUGAAGGGCGCGGCGGGGCCGGAGCAGGAGGCGCUGGCUGCCACGCGCGCCCUCGGGGAGAUGCUGGCUGUGUCGGGCUGCGUGGGCGCCACGCGGGGCUUCUACCCGCACCUGCUUCUCGCGCUGGUCACACAAUUGCACGAGCUUGCCCGCGGUGCGCACUCCCCUGACACCCCCAAGGUUUGGGCCCCGUCCCACCAAGGACCGCUGCACAGUCACGCCAGUUGUGCAGUGGAGGCCUUGAAGGCCCUGCUCACUGGCGACGGCGGCCGCAUGGUGGUCACGUGCAUGGAGCAGGCUGGAGGCUGGAGGAGGUUGGUGGGAGCCCACACGCACCUGGAGGGGGUCCUGUUGCUGGCUAGCGCCAUGGUGACGCAUGCCGACCACCACCUGCGAGGCCUCUUCGCCGACUUACUUCCCCGGCUACGCAGCUCCGACGACACGCAGCGCCUCACGGCAAUGGCCUUCUUCACCGGGCUGCUGCAGAGUCGGCCCACGACGCGGCUCCUGCGGGAGGAGGACAUCCUGGAGCGGCUCCGCGCCUGGCAGGGCAACCCCGAGCCCACCGUGCGCUGGCUGGGCCUGCUGGGCCUGGGCCACCUGGCGCUGAACCGCGGGAAGGUGCGACACGUGAACACUUUGCUGCCGGCUCUCCUGAGCGCUCUGGGAGAGGCCGACUCGCGGCUUGUGGGUGCAGCUCUGAGUGCGCUGCGAAGGCUCCUGCUGCAGCCGCGGGCGCCAGUGCAGCUGCUGAGCUCGGAGCUGAGGCCGCGCCUCCCGCGGCUACUGGAUGACGCCCGGGACUCGGUCCGCGCCUCGGCGAUCGGGCUCCUCGGGACGCUGGUACGGCGGGGCCGGGGUGGGCUCCGGGUGGGGCUCCGUGGCCCUCUGCGGAAGCUGGUGCUGCAGAGUCUGGUGCCAUUGCUGCUUCGCCUGCAAGACCCCAGCCCGGACGCUGCUGAGAGCUCAGAGUGGACCCUGGCUCGCUGUGACCAGGCCCUGCGCUGGGGCCUGCUGGAGGAGCUGGUGACUGUGGCCCACUACGACAGCCCGGAGGCUCUCAGCCGCCUCUGCCACCGUCUGGUUCAGCGGUACCCAAGACACGUGCCCAGCUUCCUGAGCCAGACCCAGGGUUACCUUCAGUGCCCACAGGUUCCCCUGCGCCGGGGAGCUGCAGUGCUUAUAGGUUUCCUCACCCAUCACACCAGCCCCAGCCAAGUCAGCCAGGAUCUUUUGGACUCCCUGUUCCAGGACCUGGGGCAGCUGCAGAAUGACCCAGAGUCAGAGGUGGGAGCAGCUGCUCACGUGUCCUCUCAGCAGGUGUCUCUGCUGGCUCUGGUGCAGAGCCAACCCCGGGGACCCUGCCUGGCUUGCCUCGCUCGCCUCACUUGGCGCUGCACCAGCCCUAUGCGGGCCCCACCGGUCUACGCCGACAGCCCUUUUCAGCGCCGGAGCCACGCAGACCGCUGGGGCUGCUCCAGCCCUGGCUGAUCCUACCCAGAGACCUCACAAUCCUGUCUGCCCAGCCCUGUGGGGGGCAGUGUCUGAGAUGGGUCUCACCUGGGGUGGCUGCAGGGCACCCCAUCCGCCCUAUCGCCAGGCCCCAACCCAGGUGAUCUGCAGAAGAGGCCCCCUGGAGCUGCCCCAGAGGUCUAGUGGGCACAGCCACCUGCAGGAGCCAGGGACCUAGCACUUCUGUCCAACACCAUUUCACCUCCUGUGCCUGAGGGUCCACUCACCUAGCCCUGAGUGUACCCUGUACAUG